GGGAAGGGGAAAUGAAGUGAAGAAGCGGAUGAUGAGGCGGGGGCUGCGGCGAUGUGCGGCGUUAACCCCGGGAGCCGAGGCCUAGCGGAGAGAGAGAGAGAGCCCCGAGAGUCAGAGUCUCAAAGCCGGUCCGCCGACAGCGGGGACCCCGACAUCCCGCCAAACACGAGCCUACACUGCGGGUAGCAGUUUCCUCAACACGCCGGACCGGAGGUUCAGUGAAGAUGUUUCUUUCCUAUUCUUCCUUCUAUUGCACAGCUUCUGUUGAGUUUGCCAGUGUUGUGAAUAAAAUGGCAGUUCAUGGCUGCACUCAAGACUGAGGAUUGUUCUACAGACCCCAGUUACAAAAACAGCCACAAGACUUCACUGAACUCUAGUUCAAAACCCUUCUAUUCUGUUCAACUACUGGAGGGUAGGCCAGCUUAUUCUGUUUCCCAGCAUCCACUAUGGGAAUGGGAUGGCUAUAAUGUGAUUGUACCUGUAAGGAAACAAAAUACUUGCUCAGGAACGUCUCAGCAUGUUGGUUGUCACCCGUAUCCUUCUCUGCCUGGAGGUAAUGGCAAAUCAAUACCGUCGAGUACCCACACUGGUUGUCGUUCAAAUGUUUUGAUCAGUCCUUUUGAAAACAUACCCAUUCAUAAUCAAAAUGGCCAUGGCUAUAGAUCUUACCAGAGACUUGAGUCCCUGGGUUCACGGUUUAGUAGACUAGGAAGUAAAGCUACAGCGUCAAAUUCAGAAUUCAUUAAUUACUUUAUCCCCUCUCUCCCCUCUAGAGCAAUCUCUUGUGAAAACCUGAUGAAACCCAACGGUGCCAUUACCCCAGUUUCUCAGCACUGUGGUUCUCGUAGUGCAGGUUAUGAAACUUUGCUCUUGGGCAGAAAAAGCCUGAGCCAUGCAGGUAAACCUACCUCACUAUAUUGCAAACCUUUGCUGAACACAAAUGCGUUCAUGAGAUCCACCAGUGCCAAAGUGCCUAUGCACCAGAAAUGGGACAAGACUGUCAAGCCUACAACUUUAAAUGGAAACAAUGAGUUUGGAGACUCAGAAAAUGCAGCUAAAUACAAUGGCAGCAGUGCUAGGGCUAUCUCUGGAAAUGCUGUUAAUGUUAGCACAGACCUUAAAAUCGAGCGACCUUUUCAUCAGAAUGAACAUUUCCAUGGUAACUUGAAGAGUGCUAUCAAGCUAACGAAGAACAAUGUUGGCGAUCCAGAACUAACGUUUACAGAAGCUACAAAAAAAUUAGCGGAAGACCGCAUUCUGAAAAAUCAUGCGUAUGAGCGAUGUGUGACAUUUUCAAAAGAAACGGAAAUUUUACCUUCCCAAGGCUUCCAUUUUCAGAAUGGUCCCUUUAGCAGUGCUGCAGGAUUGCUGAAAAGAGCUGUGCCAAAUCUCAUUCAGGAGAAGAAUAAUUUCCAGGCAGUCUUAAAAGCUGAGCGGAUUUGUACCAAUGCAUAUUUGGAGCCUGCAGCUAAAGAGAACAGUGCAAGUAAAGAAAAUGUCAAUGCUCAUACUAACAAAACUCCUAUUGGCAUUUUAUCCACCAAUGUGCACAUCCAGAACAAUAGCCCAGUCAGUUUUAUGGGAUCCCCUCUCUUGCACCAUGAGCCUGACCAAACCAAGAAACUGAUCUCUGUUUCUGUCCCUAAAACAAAUGUUGGCUCAGUCACACUACAGAUAGCUGCCAUGCAGCUCAAGUGUGCAGAUAAGAUUGAAAAAGCUCUGGAAAAGCCCAAGAAUGAGACCGGCUCUCAAGACUCGGAGCCAGACGCUGAUGAGGAAGAGUUUGCAGAUGAACUGGAGGACACCAGCAGCCAGGAGUGUGAUGAAGAUUCAGAGUGUUCCACCAUCUCAGAUUCCUUUUCUACUGAAUCAGCAAAUGGUUUAUCUAAGGUGGCCUUUAAUGAACUACCUGAAUCUGCUGAUGCCAAGAAUGUUUUUGCUUCUUGCUACCCGCAAGGACCUGAAUGUAAAAUUCAAAUUGUUAAGCCAGCCUUGAUAAAAAGCCUGUUUCAUGAUAUGCCUCUGACGAUUUACUUUGGGACUUCAAAUGAGAAAAUUGAACUGUUACCAUGGGACCAACGAAGACAGAUGAAAUGGAAAAUGUCCAAUGUGACGCCAGUAGUUGUGAAGAAUGUCAUUGCCAGAUCCCAUUUCAAAAUCACUAAAAAAUGUUAUGAUUGGCUGGGGUGCUGGGGGCAUCACAUGAAAUCACCGCUAUUCAAGACCCUCCGGGAAUAUCAGAAGCUGAAUCAUUUUCCAGGAUCAUUUCAAAUUGGGCGCAAGGACCGUUUGUGGCGUAACUUAUUAAGAAUGCAGGUGCGAUUUGGGAAAAGGGAGUUCAACUUUUUCCCGCAGUCCUACAUUCUCCCUCAUGACAUCAAACUGCUGAAGAAUGCGUGGGGGGAUAGCUCCAACAGGCAGAAAUGGAUCAUCAAACCGCCUGCAUCUGCCAGAGGAAUUGGCAUUCAAGUCAUUCAUAAAUGGAAUCAAAUCCCCAAGAAACGACCUCUGCUAGUUCAGAAAUACUUGCACAAACCCUACCUCAUUGGCGAGAGCAAGUUCGAUUUGAGAAUUUAUGUCUACGUGACUUCUUACGAUCCUCUUCGGAUCUAUGUGUUUACAGACGGCUUGGUCCGUUUUGCAAGUUGCAAGUAUUCGUCUUCCAUGAAGAGCCUUGGUAACAAGUUUAUGCACCUUACAAACUACAGUGUGAAUAAACUAAAUGCAGAGUACAAGCCCAACAGUGAUGGAAAGCUCUGUCAAGGUCACAAAUGGAGUCUUAAGGCAUUGUGGGCAUACCUGAAUCAAAAAGGAGUGAGGACUGAUCUGCUAUGGGAGCAAAUGAAGGAUGUGAUCAUCAAAACCAUCAUAGCCUCUGAGUCUUAUGUGAACAGCCAAAUACAUUUGUAUGUACGGAACCGUUACACUUGCCACGAACUCUUCGGAUUUGACAUAAUGCUUGACGAGAACCUGAAACUAUGGGUACUGGAAGUCAACAUCUCCCCAAGCUUACAUUCAAAUUCCACACUGGAUAUUGCCAUUAAAGGACAGAUGAUUAGUGAUCUCCUGAAUCUGGCUGGAUUCAUUAUUCCUCAUAAGGAUGAAGUAACCCCAAGCGUAAAAAGUACUUCAACCUCCAAGCCAAAAAGCAAUGAACUUUCCCCAGAAGAGAAACUGAAGCGAGUUUACUACCUGAGCCAGAAAUCACCACCAAUGAAUUUCUAUUCCACUUUGCUGGACAUUCUUACUCCUGACGAUAUCCGAAUAUUAAUGGAAUCUGAGGAUGAGUACAAUCGACGGGGACAGUUUGAACGGGUGUUCCCCUGCCAGCACUCAACCCGCUAUCUCCGCUUCUUUGAGCAGCCCCGUUACUUCAACAUCUUGCUUGACCUGUGGGAGCAGAAAUAUGGUCGGAACAGAGAGGCAGGAAUUCAUGUGUUGAAAGAAUUGAGUUAUAGAAGGGUUCACCUGGGACUAUCUGUUCAUCCUGCACAUAUUUGGCACCCACCUGGACUUAAUUUCACUCCAAGGCUGGACCUUAGCUUAAUCGGAGAAUGCAAGAUAAAUCCUUCCCAGACGUAAGAGCAUCACACUGUGAAUUGGAGUCGAGAAAUGAUGCCAAAAAAGAAAAUAACUGUGAAUCAAGAACCUAAUCUUACUCCACAGCAACCAGUGGAAAUCCAGCAGUCACCCUGAUGGCCAACAGACUACCAAAGCUGGCUCAUGGAGUAUUCCUUGUCAUCCACCCAACACCUCUGGAAGUGAUGCUUACAGCUGAUUGACGAUAGCUUGAUCUCUCAGAUUCAUAAGUCUACCUCAGUUGAGGAAGAAGGCAGGGGAGGAGGGCAAUGAACACUUGCCAAAAGCAGGUCUUGCUUCACUUUGUGUUUGACACAGACCCUCCUUGAUUUAAUUUCCUAUGACACACCAGCUAUUCACCACAUUGUAAAACGUACACUGCAUCUAAACGAUUCUAAGCCUUAUUGAACUGCCAAAUUAAAAUUUUACCAGCUUUCCGCCCAGCAGCCUUUGAUGUUCAAGAAUCUUCACAGAACAAUCCUCAGGCUGCAAAAUGCAGGAUAACACCAUUGCUGUCUCUCCAUAGUUAACAAUUUUUACAGUGUGGUGAAUGGCUUUACAGUUGGCGUGGGAAUAUUUUAUCUGCCAAACAAAAUCACCCAGAAAGUGUCUGUACCCCACAAAGAUAUUUUAAACAGCACAGUGACCUGCAGGAACAGUUACGAUGAGAAAAGUGGAUAUUCUCUUGUCCCUAAUUUUGAUUUAUUAAUUUUUAAAAUUUAUUGUUGAGACCUGGUGCACUCUUUCACUAAGUUAUUUAGUCCAUUCCUUACCUGCUGUACUGGGCUGUGAGAAUGUUUACUGCACUCCGCUGACACAGUGAGUACCUCGUUAGGUUAAAGAUUAUCACUCUUUUAUAAUGAAGCCUUUGAGACCAAAAAUGGAGUCUUAUAUUUAGGAAUUGCCUUUGAAAUCACUGUAACAAGAUAUUGCUGUAGGAUAUUAUACGAGAGUUCAGUUCUCAAAAGAAAAUAUGUUAGCAAUUUAGCAAUUCUGUAAUAUUUCAUCUUGGCUACCUUGAUGUAUUGGGUAUCGGUGGGAAUCAGUUUUUACAGACACUGCAAAGUCUUGCCUAUCGGCAGAAGCAAUAGAUAAUUCAAGCUCUUGUAUGGAUGAGAACUAAUGCGUAAUUACCCACUGGUAAGUAUCCAGACCUGUUAGAGGCUUUGGUAGAGUCAAGACAAACAAGCCUUUAGAUCAGAGUUUCAGUACUUCUGGUGAAGUCCUGAUCCAGAUCUGCACACUGUUGUGACAUGCAUACUGCUAUUACUGAGAGGCUGAUCUGCAGUGCCUGCGGUAUGGAAAAGGCUGUGCUGUUAAAAGGAUACUGGUGCAGGAUUCCUCAUCUUUCUACUGAAGAUUUUGUGCAUUCUGAUGUGGAUGUCAAACUUGAUUGUUCAUUUUGUGGAGAUUAAGUUAUUUCACUCUCCACCCCUUACCGCCAAGUUUCUAUGCACUUUUCCCAUGUGAUUUUUGGACCUUUUCCAGGCUGAGGACCAGCCCCUCUUCUCCUCCCCACCUCUUGAGGAAGAGUCUCAGCUCUGCUCACCAACUUGGCACUUUGUUGUUGCAAACUCGUGGGCAUACCCACACUGCUAAGCCACUCAGCUGUUUGGAGAUGAGAAGGGCGGAAUUAACAUUGAAGCUGCACUGGCCAAUCUUACAAUGUGUCAAGCAGCCUUGUUGAAUUUUAGCUAUUUUCUUCCAUUUGAUUCAAAGCAACAAAGUGAGGUGGAAGCUUGAAGCUGAACUUCUGAUAUUUUUUCAAAUCUACUUAGAAGUGCUUAAGUUUAUUUGUCAUUUCCCAAUAAUUUAGCGCUGUGCAUGUGUGUUGAAUUAAAUAUUGAAUUGAAGCAGACAGAAUUGGCAUUUGAUGAAGAAGUCUUGCACUGCUGCCAAGUUGCACAUCAGAAGAUUGCAUGAAUGGAAGAGGUCUUUAGCCUGUUGUUCAACUCCUGGAUUGUUGGAAGCUUGCAAGUACAAGUACCUUGAAUGAAAGUAGAAGAGGUGGCAGGAGGACAAAUUGGUUGAACAUCUUGAACUGAGCAAUGAGUACGAACGAGCCUUAUGGGGUAGAGUUACUGCCUUUUGCUUUCUGAUGCAGGUUUUUGUGACUUUAUAGAUGACCAGUUGAGUGCUUCAUGUCCAUUUUAGUUUCUCCUGUCCUGCCUGUCAUCCCAUUCCCUCAAAAAAAAAUCCAAACAGGUUAUACAAGGGAAGCAUUUUUGUACUCAGGCUUCCAAAUUUAUUGGAGCAAGAACUUGGAGUUUCUUAUAAAAGAGCGUUGCUGGUUUUGCAUACAUCUUUAACCCUUUCCUGGCUAAAGCAGAGGUAGGAUCAUCCUCUACAGGAAUUGAAGCUCUUGAGUGAGAAAGGGUUAACGUGUCUAGCUGAUGCCGUUAACUGCCCAAUGAUCAGUGACCAUACUGAGCACUCAAGGAGUUCUGGCACAGCUGUGCACUGGAGUUUCCUGUUGCACUAACCCUGUAACUGGUGGCCGUGUAGUGAUUGCCACAAGGCUGCUCUCUCAAUAUUUAAUUUCUCCGAUGAUGAAAAUGCAUGUACUUUUUUUUUUCCUUAAAAAUCUGUCGAAAGAUCACAACCACGAGCUCCUCGGCUAAUUUCUACCCUAGUCUUUUGCUGUGCGAUAGAAGUCAAAAAGCUUUUGAUCAUUUUUAAAUUAUCUUGUGUAUUCACCAAUUUUGACAUGUUUACAAGUUUGCUGUGAAUUAGGAAUGAAAGUAACUCUGACCGCCUUGAAAUGAUAACUGAAAGGUGAUAGCUGCCUUGUGGGAUUUCCGAUGCGCUUUGUUUUAAUAAUGAUGAAUCUAUCGUUGCAAGAAUAAUUAGUGAUUCUCACCACCUAAUGUCUCCCUCUUUCCCCUUGAGGUAAUGGACAAGAUUGCAUUUGUAGCAAUAAUUCAAAUAAAUAAAUUGUUUUUAAGAAUAUUUGUGUGCAUGUUAAUUAAAGUCAUAGAUGUCUAAAGCAAUAGUGAAAUAUUACAUUGGCUUAAACCUAGCAAUUCUAGUGAUGUAACUUUGAACCCAUACCCACUUAUACAUAUAUAUGGCUGCUUUAAAUUGUAUGCAGCCUAUAUUUGCGGCUUGCCCAGUGUCCUGUCUACUGAAAAGGACUAUGUAAGAAAUUCAACAAGGGCCUGCGUAUCACCUGAUUUAACCCAUUGGUAAGGAAUUGUUUACAAGACUGGCAGGGCCUGUGAAUUUUUGCAAGUAUUUAGUCUUUGGUUUUUCCACCAUGAGUUCUGUUUCUACUCGACUGCAUGGCCUGCCCUCCAGCACAGGCAGAGAGCUCUGGCCCCAGGGGCCAGUGUUCUAGGAAAAGCGAAGGGAAUAGAUGCCUUUCUCAAAUUGUGAUACAUAUUUAAUGAGAAGCAAUUUUAUAAUCAUUCAAAAUCUGUUUUGUGAUAAACAGAUAUUUUUUACUGCGAAUUACUUACAGAACUAUGUAUAUUCUGGCACUAUGUUUACCUAUUUCUGUAAUGCCUCGGAGGGUCUGUUCAAGAUCGGUUUCUAAAAAUAAUACAGAAACUGUUGAGGACUGCAGUUUGGGGCUGAGCAAUAAAUUGAGAAUCCUAAUAAAGAUAUCUUGCAUUUAAUGUUA